GUCUCUCUUCUCUGUGAUUGUCGAGAGUAAGAAGACAAAAACACAAAUCAUGGCUUUGACUGAGUAUGGCAUUGUCUACGCCAAUCACAUCAUCACUGUCCAUUUCGGCUCGGUCGUAUCGAAAGUCGGCGAAUGUCUUCUCCGUAGAGGACCUCUUUCAUUGCGAGACAUCUCUCGUCUAGCGGAAUCAGACAUCAACCAAGUCAAAGAUAUUUUGUACCUCUUGAUUCAGCACAAUUGCGUUCAAGCUUUUUCUGUUGAACCACCUGAUGGUUCCGAGAACAAAGCUAUUGUACAGUACAUAGUGUUGUUUAACAACGUUCUUCAUCUUGUGAGGUAUAACAAAUUUUCGAGGGUUGUAAACCAAGAGCUUGGGUCUCAGUGCGGCGCAGUUCUUGAUGGUUUACUUAGUAACGGUAGGCUUACCUUGGGACAGCUGAUCGAGAGAGACAGAGAUUCAGAAAAUACAAUAGGAUCAGAAUCGAUCAGAGAAUCUCUUCAGAAAUUGGUUGCCUCACGUUUUGUUGAGCGCAUUCCUCCUCCCGAACCUGUUCUUGGAAAAAAAGAAGAAGGGCCAGAUGCAAAGAAAAGAGACACUAAAGCUGCCAAGAUUUUUGAAGAACCGGAAAGCUUGGAGGAACGUAUUCUUGAAGCAGCAACUCUUUCUGAAGCAAUAAGGUUCCCACAUAUAUUCAGAGAAGAUUCAAGUUCAUCUUUAGCAGAUAACGAUAGCUACAUCUCUGAGGGGAAGCGUAAACUACACGAUGUGGACUCAUCCGAUCUGAGCAAUGAAGUAAUUUGGCGUCCUAGUUUCGAAGAGUUCAUCCGCCGCCUUAGACAUAAGGCGUGUGUGGAGAUAGUGAGAGAGCGUACGGAUGAAGGAUGUGCCAUUGUCUUGAAGGCAAUGUUAGAAGUAGGAAGAUCUCAGGAGAAGAAGGUGAAAACCGACAAGUCUGCUCCUAUGUCAAUGGGUUCCAUCUAUGAAGAGGUUGUAAAAACAGAAGCAGGCCGUACUAUGUUACAAGAGCGAGUUCAAGCGUGCCUUGAACAAUUUAGCGCAACGUCUUCAAAUCUACCAGCAUUUGUGAUAGAAGCGGAUGAUUCAUACAUAGUUGAUUUUAAAUCCAUUAUCAGCGUAGCACUGAAAGAUGAGAUGGAAGCAGUAGUUAUGAGAAGAUAUGGUAAAGAAGCUUUCAGAAUGUUCAGAUACUUAUCACAAGAAGACCGUUUUGUUGAGACCAAUAAGAUUGCCGAUGCGGCGCUGGCUGAAAAGAAGGACACAUCGCAAAUUCUAUUGAAGAUGUGGAAAGAUAGUUACUUACAUAUGCAGAAACUGGCAGUCACUGGAGUAUACGUCCCGUUCCUAUUGUGGAAGGUAAACAAGUUGAGUGUGUCGAGGCAAAUAUUGGAUGAGAUGUAUCAUGCUUCCUUAAACUUGAGUCUCAGGUUGACCCAUGAAGUAGAUUCCGAGAAAGAGCCAAUGUCGAAACUGGAAGGAGCGUCAAAGGAGAGACUAAAUAAGAUCAAAGCUAAGAAGAUGUUGCUCUCUUCCAUUAGGUUUAAGCUUGAUGAUGCUAUUAUGCUUUUUCAUGACUUUUAAACUCUUAAAUUAUAAAUUAAAAUAAAACCAAAGUUCUUCUUUCCUUUAUUUUAUUUUUUUGGUCAACUUAGUUAUGUGUUUUUUUUUACCUAUCACGACUAGUGAGUGC